AUGUCCGACUUCGUCCUCGUCAUGGACCCCGAGCACCUCGAGCAGAUCGACAAGGUGCGGAAAGAGUUUGACCUCCUCCAGUACACGUUUGACGACAUCGUGGAGCGCUACAACUGCAUGGCGCGUGCUGUCUGGGAGCGCACGCUCGCAGGCCAGACCACCUUCACCGAGUUCCACUGGUCCCUCAAACAGAUCGCCGAGGAGUGGCAGGAGUGGCUUGAUCUCCGUGACCACGUUCACCAACUUGCCGUCGACGCCGCGAUCGCCCUCCCCGAGCUCACUGAGCUCCGUCCGGACCGCUGCAUCUACUGCAUCGACGGCGCCGACUGUGAAGGCCACGACUCCUCCGGGUCCUCCGCGGGGAGCCACGACCAGCAGGACGACCCCAUGGAGGACGCGGACAGCGCCUACGAUGCCGACAGUGAGCUCAGCUACACGAGCUGUGAUAUUGAGGGCUGCGAGCGGUGCCGCGAGUUCUAUGCUGCGAACGCUGAGCUUGCUCCCCGCGCUUAG